UGACGUCAGACUGACAUUUCUAGGUUUGGAUUUAAAGGAGGGAGGAAGUGAUGAACACAGACAGCAGCAGCGUCUGUCAGAGUCUUCAGACGGAGGAGGACGUCUUUCUGACCUGAUCUGGACGGGACUUUAACAGGUGAACCAUAGAGGAUGCUGUUGCAGUAGUUAAUUCUGGAAGUAAUGAUGGCGUGAAUCAAAGUUAGAGGCAGGAAACCAUGAUGAUGGCAGUUGAUCUUUUCAACACUCUGGAGCAUUUAAAAGAAGAUGAAUUUAAGCAAUUCAAAUGGUAUCUGCAGCAGCAAGACAUCCUGGAAGGCUACCAAAGCAUCAAAGUGACCAAGCUGGAGAAAGCAGAAAGGCAGGACACAGUGGAUGUGAUGGUUAAAACCUUUCAUCUUCAUGGAGCUCUAAAGGUGACCAAGAAGGUUUUAGAGAAGAUCAACAGGAAUGAUCUAGUGCAGAGUCUAUCAGACACCAGCUCAGGACCAGAAGAGUCAGUGGAUGUCAGUGAUGUUGGAGAGACAUCAGAGAACAGAGGAACUCCCUCCUCUCAGAGCAAAGACGGGAUGGUUCCGGUACCAAAACCAGCACGGCACAUCUCAAAAUACCAAGAAAAGAUUCAGCCAAACCUCAAAGACCGUUACAUGCAACUACAAGAAGGGUUGACAAAGGGGAAACAACCUCUGGAUGAGAUGUACACACAUCUGUCUGUCACAGCUGGGGGUGACGUACACAACACACAGCAUGAGGUCAUGCAGAUUGAGACAAUGAAGUCAGCCGAUACAGAGACAACAAUUACACCUUGUGACAUGUUCAAACACCCCUCUGGAAAAGACAGACCCAUAAGAACAGUGCUGACCAAGGGAAUCGCAGGAAUUGGAAAAACAUUUAUUGUGCACAAGUUUGUGUUGGACUGGUGUAAAAGAGAAACCAAUCAAGAUGUGCAUCUCGUUUUCCCCUUCACCUUCCGCGAGCUAAAUUCAUGGAAGGGAGAGAAGGUAUGUUUGGCAGAGCUCAUUCAUGAAUGUAUCUGGGAAACCAGAGACAUCAAGAAAGAAGCUCUCAAUCACAUCUUUACAGCUCUGCAGUCAUCAGGAAACAUCAACUAUGACAAGAGUGAAUUCAAACUUCUGUUUGUUUUGGAUGGACUGGAUGAGAGCCGCCUUGAUCUGGACUGCUACACCAAUAAAAGCCAGACAGUUAAAAUUGAUGUGACAGCACCGACCUCAGUGGACGAGCUUCUGACGAACCUCAUCAAGAAGAAACUGCUUCCCUCUGCUCGCAUCUGGAUAACCACACGACCUGCAGCAGGCAAUCGGAUCCAUUCUGAUUUUGUAGACAUCACAACAGAGGUCAGAGGGUUCUCCGACCUACAGAAGGAGGAGUAUUUCAAGAAUAGAUUCAGAAAUGAGGAGCGGGCCAGCAGAAUCAUCUCUCACAUCAAGACAACACGAAGCCUCCGCAUCAUGUGCCACAUCCCAGUCUUCUGCUGGAUCACUGCUACAGUUCUGGAGGAAGUGAUGAAAACCAGAGAGGGAGGAGAGCUGCCCAAGACCCUGACUGAGAUGUACACAGAAUUCCUGGUGUUUCAGAUUCAUCAGACAAAAGAGAAGUAUGACCCAGAAGAGUGCAUUCAGUACAUUGAGUCAUUAGCAAAACUGGCUUACCAUCAGUUGGAAAGAGGCAACCUGAUCUUCUAUGAGAAAGAUCUAGAAGAGAGUGGCAUUGACGUGAGUGGAGCUUCGGUGUUCACAGAGAUCUUCAAAGAGCAACGUGGGAGGAAGAAUGAUAAAAAAAAGAUGUUUAGCUUCAUCCAUCUGAGUGUUCAGGAGUUUCUGGCUGCUCUUCAUGUAGAGAGCGAAGUCAUUAACAGAAACAAGAAUGUGAUGUUUGGGCAAAGUAUCUUCAAUAAAGUGUGGACAUUUCUCUGGGGAACAUCUACAACAAAGGUCCACAUGUUUUCUAUUGACAAGGCCUUACAGAGUCCAAACGGACACCUGGACUUGUUCCUCCGAUUCCUCCUUGGUCUUUCUCUGCAGACCAACCAGGAUCUUCUCAAAAACCUGCUGGCUGAGACAGGAACUAGCUCACAUACCAAUCAGGAAACAGUCAACUACAUCAAGAAGAAGAUCAGUAAAAAUCUGUCUCCAGAGAGAAGCAUCAAUCUGUUCCACUGUCUGAAUGAACUGAAUGAUCAUUCUCUAGUGGAGGAGAUCCAACAAUACCUGAGUUCAGGAAGUCUCUCCGCAGAUAAACUGUCUCAUGCUCAGUGGUCAGCUCUGGUCUUCAUCUUACUGUCAUCAGGAAACAAUCUGGACGUGUUUGACCUGAAGAAAUACUCUGCUUCAGAUGAGGCUCUUGUGAGGAUGCUGCCAGUGGUCAAAGCCUCCAAAAAAGCUCUAAAAAUAUGUUUGCACUUAUGUUCUGUUCAUAUGUUUAGGCUGGGUGGCUGUGAUCUGUCAGAGAGAAGCUGUGAAGCUCUGUCCUCAGUUCUCAGCUCAGAGUACUCUAAUCUGAGAGAGUUGGACCUGAGUAACAACAACCUGAAAGAUUCAGGAGGAAUGCUGCUUUCUGCUGGACUCGAGAUUCCACACUGUAAACUGGAGACUCUCAGGCUGAGUGGCUGUAAUCUGUUAGAGAGAAGCUGUGAAGCUCUGUCCUCAGUUCUCAGCUCAGAUUCCUCUAGUCUGAGAGAGCUGGACCUGAGUAACAAUGACAUCACGGAUUCAGGAGGGAAGCUGCUCUCUGCUGGACUAAAGAGUCAACACUGUAAACUGGAGACUCUCAGUCUGUCAGGCUGUCUGAUCACAGAUGAAGGCUGUACUUCUCUGGCCUCAGCUCUGAGCUCCAACCCCUCCCACCUGAGAGUGCUGGACCUGAGCUACAAUCAUCCAGGAGACUUGGGAGUGGAGCUGCUUUCAGCUAGACUGGAGGAUCCACACUGGAGACUGGACACUCUAAGGCUGGAUCAUUGUGGAGAGCAGAGGCUGAAACCUGGUCUGAGGAAGUAUUCCUGUCAACUCACACUGGACACAAACACAGCACACAUAAACCUCAAACUGUCUGACAACAACAGGAAGGUGACAUAUGUGAAGGUGGAGCAGCCAUAUGCUGAUCAUCCAGAGAGGUUUGACUACUCUCCUCAGCUGCUGUGUAGAGAUGGUCUGACUGGUCACUGUUACUGGGAGGUCGAGUGGAGAGGAGUGGUUUAUAUAUCAGUGAGUUACAGAGGAAUCAGCAGGAGAGGAUACAGUGAUGACUGUGUGUUUGGAUGGAAUGAUCAGUCCUGGAGUCUGAUCUGCUCUGAUGAUGGUUACUGUGUCCGGCACAAUAACAUAAAAACAUCCAUCUCCUCCUCCUCUGUCUCUGGUAGAGUAGCAGUGUAUGUGGACUGUCCUGCUGGCUCUCUGUCCUUCUACACAGUCUCCUUUGACUCACUGAUCCACCUCCACACCUUCAACACCACAUUCACUGAACCUCUUCAUCCUGGAUUCUGGUUUGGGAGGCCUGGUUCAGUGUCUCUGUGUUCUCUGUAGGACGGAGUCUCCUCCUGUCCACAGAAAUACUCACACUGCUGACCAACACACACAAUCUCUUUGUAAAUCAAACUCAAAAUUACAAUCAGAAUCAGAAAUACUUUAAUAAUCUCAGGGGGAAAUUAUUUUUGUUACUACUCCAGGUAUACAAACAACA